CCAGAGCGAGGGAGGGAGGGAGAGAGAGGGGGCGGCUCGCGCGCGCUGGGCACUUCGGGAAGGGGAGGGGGAGGUCGGGCGCGCGGGCGUCGGAGGCGCCUGGGACCCGGAGGGAGGGAAAGGGAAAGAGGGAGGCGGGCGGGCGCCGCCGCCGACAGACAGACGACGCUCGGAGAGCCCGACGCUUUCUCGCCGCCGCCCUGCCUUCCUGCCUCCGGAAAGAGAAGGACGGACCCUUUCCCUCACUAACUGCCCCCUUUCGAAAUUUCAGGAAGUCCAGACUAUACCAGGGCCAAGAUCUUCUCUGUCCUUUUCCUAAAGAGUGAAGUUGUUUUCUUGAGGCUUGCACCUCAGUCUCACAAGGAAAAAUAGCAGUGAGGGAGAAAGUAUAAAGGUUAAUGUUUUCAUCCACCCGGACAAAGGAGAAUGGGGACCCUACACCCAAAAGAAUGAAGACUCGACAGAAUAAAGACUCUAUGUCAAUGCGGAGUGGUCGGAAGAAGGAGACUCCAGGGCCCCGAGAGGAGCUCAGGACACGGGGUCGAGCUUCUCCAGGUGGUGUCAGUACCUCUAGCAGCGAUGGCAAAGCUGAGAAAUCCCGACAAACUACAAAGAAAGGUCGUGUGGAGGAGUCAAUGGCCCCUAAAGGAAGCAAACAAAGCCGACCAGAAGAAAUUUCUGAGAGUGAAGGAGAGGACACAAAUGCCCCAAAGAAAACUAAAACAGAGGAGCUGCCGAGACCUCAAUCUCCCUCGGAUGUAGACAGUCUAGAUGGCCAUAGCUUCAACGAUGAGACAAGCAGCGACCCCCGUGACAUUGACCAGGAUAACAGGAGCACCUCCCCCAGCGUCUACAGUCCCGGGAGUGUGGAGAAUGAUUCUGACUCCUCCUCUGUACUUUCACAAGGGCCAUCUCGCUCUUACCAUCACCCCCCACUCUUCCCCCAGAGUCCCUCCCCUGCUCCCCUGUCAGAGGGCUUGGCCCGUCCUCCAGAACCAACCUUUGGCAUACCAGGGGAGGUUCAUCCUCAGGGCCCAGCAAGUGGCUACCAGUCUCAGCUUGAAGCCCAGGCCUCAAGGAUUUUCCAGGCCCAAGCCCCACCAGCAGCUCCACCUCCCUCUACCAACUCUUCCUCCUCCCCCUCCUCUUCCUCCUCUUCCUCCUCCUCGUCUUCCUCCUCCAGUACCCAUGCUUCCAUCUACCCUAAUGCUAAUGUGGUCCAGAUGGGGCCCAAAGCUUUAAGUGCAGGAGCAGGGCUUCCUGCGCCAGGAAGCCGUGAGCAGUCACUUAGCACCAAGCACAACCCGCCCCCAACAACACCGAUAUCCCUCGCCUCUGUGGCUGGAGGCUUGCCCCCUCAGAAGACAACUCCAAACAAUUCCCCAUCCAUACCUCCUCCAUCAGCUGCCACUUUCCCUCACGUGUUAUCCAACUUGCCUCCCCCACCAGCUCUCCGCCCCCUUAAUAAUAUGGCGGCCAGCGCCAACUCUCCUGGUAUGGUGGGGCCAGUAAUGAGUGGACACCUUCCAUCACCCCAUGGGAUGGGGCAGGAUAAGUCCCCUAUCCCUUCCCGCUACCCCUAUGCCCCACCUCCCCCGCCACCCCCACCCAGCUGUUCCGCUCAGUACACCCUCCCUCCCCCUUCCCAGGCAUUGCCCAGUUACAACUCAUCUUAUGGCCACUCCUUCCCUCCGCCCAGCAGCCUCUCCGUCUCCAGCCAGCCGCCCAAAUACACCCAGCCUUCUAUGCCUUCGCAGCCUGUGUGGAGCCAGGGCCCUCCACCUUACAGUCGCCCCACAGGGAACUCCAGUUCCCACCCUCCCCCUCCUCCCCCUCCUCCCUUUCCUGGUCAAGCCAUUCACCACCAGCAACAGCAGCAACACCAUCACAACCAUGGCAAUAGCACUGGGCUUCCUCCUGCAGCAGCAGUAGCAGCAGCAGCAGCAUCUGCCACACCCCAGGCAUCUGGAGGCUAUUCCCAACCACUGGAGCAGGGCCCACAUCACCCUUCCCAUGCUGCCUAUGGGCUUCGACUAUACCCACCCCACGGUCAUUCCACUUACAGCCAGGCUCCUUCUGCUUCUUCCUCCUCUUCCUCUUCCUCCUCCUCUUCUUCCUCCUCAUCCCAAGGACCAUAUCCUGGGGUCUGCAGCCAUCCACAAGGGCAGAGCAGUGCUGCCUAUGCCUUUCCUCCUCCACCUCCCCCUUCACCUGCACAUGGGGCUGGGCCCCCAGUCACUUCUGCCUCCGUUACCCUCUCCACAGUAAUUACUACAAUGGCUUCCUCCUCCUCUGCAGCCCCAUACAAGACAGUGUCCCCUCCAGUGGGCCCCCCUGCUGUGGCCUCCUACGGAAAGCGAACAGCUUCACCUUCUCCCAGCUUCCAGCCCCCUGCCCCCUACAAGCCUGGCUCCCCGCCCUCCUCCUCCACAUCCUCAUUCCGAGCAGCCACGCCGCCAGGAUACCGGCUCACCUCUUCCCCAGUGGCCAGUGGCUACAAGGCUCCCUCACCAACCCCGCUUGGCCCAUCGACAUCUGGUAGCAUGGCUGCCCCUCCUCCCCCACCUUUGCCUCCACUGCCCCUCAGUGCCGCACAGAUCAAGCAAGAGCCUGCUGAGGAGUAUGAGCCCCCAGAAAGCCCAAUGCCCCCAGUCCGGAGUCCUUCGCCAGCCCCCAAAGUGGUGGAUGUACCGAGUCAUGCCAGCCAGUCGGCCAGGUUCAACAAACAUCUGGAUCGUGGCUUCAACUCCUGCUCACGGACUGAUCUCUACUUUGUGCCCCUGGAUGGUUCCAAACUCGCCAAGAAACGGGCAGACCUGAUUGAGAAGGUACGCAGAGAAGCAGAACAGAAAGCCCGGGAAGAGAAGGAGCGUGAAAGAGAGAGAGAACGAGAAAAGGAACGGGAGAGGGAGAAAGAAAGAGAACUGGAAAGAAGUGUGAAGGUGGCACAAGAAGGGCGAGCAGUGGAAUGUCCAUCUCUUGGACCUGUCCCUCACCGCCCUUCCUUUGAGCAGGGUAGUGCUGUGGCUACUGUCCCACCAUACCUGGGCCCUGACACCCCGGCUCUUCGUACCCUCAGCGAGUAUGCCCGGCCCCAUGUGAUGUCUCCCAGCAACCGCAACCACCCCUUCUAUGUGCCGCUGGGGGCUGUUGACCCAGGACUGCUGGGUUAUAACAUGCCAGCCAUCUACAGCAGUGACCCGGCCACACGGGAGAGAGAGCUAAGAGAGCGAGAGGCCCGUGAGCGAGACCUCAGGGACCGAGACCUGCGGGAGCGCCUUAAGCCUGGAUUUGAGGUGAAGCCGGCUGAGUUGGAGCAGCUCCACGCUGUCCCUGGUGCUGCCAUGGAUCCUUUCCCACGUCAUGGGGGACUGGCUCUUCAGGCAGGCCCUGGUCUGCACCCUGCCUUCCCAUUCCAUCCAGGGCUGGGCCACCUGGAGAGGGAGCGGCUAGCGCUGGCUGCCGGCCCAGCCUUGCGCCCUGAUAUGUCUUAUGCAGAGCGCUUAGCAGCCGAGCGACAGCAUGCAGAGAGAGUGGCUGCUCUGAGUAAUGACCCCUUGGCUCGGCUGCAGAUGCUCAACGUGACUCCCCACCAUCACCAGCACUCCCAUAUCCACUCACACCUCCACCUCCACCAGCAGGACGCCAUCCAUGCAGCUUCUGCCGCUGUUCACCCUCUUAUUGAUCCACUGGCUACUGGGUCUCAUCUCACCCGGAUACCCUACCCAGCUGGCACCAUCCCUAAUCCACUCCUUCCUCAUCCACUCCAUGAAAAUGAGGUUCUGCGCCACCAGCUUUUUGCUGCCCCCUACAGAGACCUGCCUGGCUCGCUCUCUACACCAAUGUCAGCGGCACACCAGCUCCAAGCCAUGCAUGCCCAGUCAGCAGAGCUGCAGCGUCUGGCCCUGGAGCAGCAGCAGUGGCUGCAUGCUCACCACCCUCUGCAUGGCGUGCCACUCCCCACCCAGGAGGAUUACUACAGCAAGGCUGCUUAUUGGCUGACAGCUGUUGACAGUUGGCAUCCGCAUCCCCUCGUACAAACCUGCCCGGCCCCUGAGAUCUUCAGGAGAGCCACCUGAAAAAAGAAAGUGACAAGCCCCUUUAGAUGGAUUUCAUUUCUCAUGAUGACUUCAUUACCCUUAAGCUGCUGCUUCUUCUUUGAGAGGAAGAUCAACCAACCAAAUCCUGGGCCAGAGGGAAGCUGCACAGUGACACAACCCCUCGUAUCUGUCAACAGAAGAAUGCAGGAAUCAGAACAACUGCUGUCUGGAGAGGGUGGGGGGAGGGUGGCAAAAAGGAAGGGCAUGUGGGUGUGAAGCACCAGUGGGAACUUUAGACAAAUGGCUCAUCCUCCCUUUGUAUUUAGUAAGUGACGGUAUAACCACCCCAUGCACUGCCUUUCCUGUGCCCUUAUCCCACCCCAGAUCCUAGGGCACAUAUAGCUAAUCAUCAGGAACUCAAAGCAUGAUGGAACUAAAAACACCCCCUUCUAAACCCUGAUGGACAAAAAUAACCUGGAAGAAAAGCGCAUCAUGGGACUUUUCUUGAAGGCAUUGCCAAGUUCUUCCUCAAACCUCGAGAGACUGAUCCAAGUCCAUAGGUGCGUAGCACCAUGUGAGUAUCUCCAGGGGCUGCUGCCUUUUUUAUAUCCAUGCCUUGUUGGUGCAGGAGAACAUUGUGGGACUGUUUGAAGGAUGACAGCUCUCCUUUCCCCCUCCGUCCCAUUGGCAAGGAGAGGUGAACGUGGCCAAGUGGUGCAAGGCAUAGUGGGACGUUCCACAGUGGCAGCUGCCCCUUUCUUCUUCACCCAUUCCAAUUGAUGUAUUCAUGCACACCCCGUUAGACGUGGCAGUUUUGCGUAGCAAUUUGUGAUUCCUUGAUCUCCCCGUGUGUGUGUCUAAUCUCACGGUUGUAUAUCUUGAUCUGUCCUCCUAUAUAUUUACAUAAGAACAUUAAAAGAUACCCAACUAUGGGAGAAGAAUCUCCCUAUACACCAA